AUGAGGAAAAAAGUGGCUGAGUUUGAAACAAGGUUUGGCAUGACUCAGGCAUUAGGCUGCAUUGAUGGUACUCACAUUCCCAUUCAAAGAUCUCUGGUUGAUUCUCAAGAUUACUUCAAUUAUAAACAGUUUUUCUCCAUUAAUGUUCAAGCUGUUUGUGAUUCAAAUGGCUUAUUCAUGGAUGUUGACUGCAGGUGGCCUGGCAGCGUCCAUGAUGCGAAAGUAUUUUCAAACUCAUUCAUAAAUAAUGAACUAAAAUUGGGAAGAUUACCACAAACCUUCACUCAAGUUUUACCUGGUCAUGACAAGAUACCUAACUACCUCAUAGGUGACCCGGCAUAUCCUUUAACACCCAACUGCAUUAAAGAAUACCAAUCAUACUUAAGCAAUGAUGAGGUAGUUUUUAACAAUAUGCUAAGAGCCGCAAGAAACCCAGUAGAAUGUGCAUUUGGCCUCCUAAAGGCUAGAUGGUCAAUUUUGACAAGAAAAAUGAACCUUAAACUGGAUGUAGUACCAAAAGUUAUUUUAGCUUGUUUUGUUCUCCAUAAUUUUUGUGAGAUGCACAAUAGAGACAUGUAUGAGGAGAUUGUCCAAAAUCAAAUAGCUAGGAACAGAGAUGAAGAAAUAUCCCACAAAAACAGCCCAGAUCCAGUGUACUCAAGUACCACCAGGGAAGGAGAACUAGUCAGAGACAUACUAAAACACUAUGUUAAUGCACAUUUGCUUUACUAG